CAGGGGAAAGGAUCCCACCAACCGAAACUGGGGAGCGUCCCACGCAGCUCGGGGAUGUCACAAAGCCAGCUGGGCUGCGGAGUCCCGAGCGCUGGGGAACAAAGUCACGCCGGAGAGGACAGCUCCCAGCGCGGCUCUGCGCGCUCCCCGGCGUCACAAGUGCCUGUGUCUUGAGGCCACGCGUUAGCCGCGAAGCUGGCAAGCAGCAGCAGUGACAGCCGGGAGGCAGCAGGGAGAGCGCGCCCCAUAGCCCCUGCCGGCCGGCCGCAGCUCGCUCCCCUCCCAGCCCGGCUUCCCGCCAGCUCCGGCUGCUGCAGCGCGUGAGGCUGUCCCGGGACCGGGGUGGCUCGCGGUGCCUUAGCACCAGCAUCCUCCACCCCGCCAGGCGCAGGCACAGAGUUAAAGCGGGGCCGGGCUGCUCUGCUGACCGCUGGGGCAGGAGGCUGCGGGGGACUGAAGGGAGGAAGCCCCCAGCACCCCUCCGAGGGGCAGGGCAGCCGCCCUCUGGGCAAUGCAACUCCCGGCGCUGCGAGCCUGGCCCCUCUGGCUUGGGCUGGUGCUGCUGGGCUUGAAGGCAGCGCCCUGCCAGCAAGCUCUUGAAUGUUACCCUGAUGGACAUCAGAUCCUUCAGAGUCCUUACCGGAGCGUUGAUUUUGAUUCAUCACAACUACAGCAAUCAGCUAUUCAAGAUCUCAUAUGUGACCAUUCACUAACACCAGGAUGGUACCGCUUUCUAAUAUUUGAUAAGCCAGCUGAGAUGCCAACCAAGUGUGUGGAGAUGAAUCACUGUGGAACUCAAGCCCCUGUCUGGUUAUCUCUAACGGAGUCAGAAUCCAUGCCUCCACCUGGUGAGAUCAAACAAUUAACUGCUUGUGCAACAUGGCAGUUUUUCUUCAGCACUACAAAAGACUGCUGCCUUUUCCGAAUCCCUGUCAGUGUGAGGAACUGUGGAGAAUUCUUUGUUUAUUUGCUACAGCCCACCCAAGGAUGCAUGGGGUAUUGUGCAGAAGAAGCAAAACCACAAACAUGUGAUCCUGGGGAAGUGAAAACUCAAGGUGUCUGUAGUAGUAGACUGUCUCCUUCAUCAUCUCCAUCCCCAUCACCACCACCUCCUACUUCACUUGAAGUUGUGGCAGAGUUGGUUGAAGCCAGUGUUUACUUAAGGUGUACUUUUGAUGUUCCUCUCACAAAUAGUUCAGUGGGAUUUAUUGUAACUUGGUCCAGGCUUGCUUCUGAAGACUUCAAAGAAGAACUGAGACGAGAGACAACAGUUCGGGCAUUCUCACUGUUAGAACUGGAUGGCAUAAACCUCAGACUCGGAGACAGGAUCUUCUGUAGCAGUUCUACUUUUUUCUUGGGAAAAACAGAUAUACAAAGCCUACCUGUUGAGAGCAGUGAAUUUUUUGCUGGCAUUAAGCUGCAUCCUGAGUCACUGAAUAUAUCAGAAGAUGGAAGAGAAUACAGACUGACAAUAGAAAGUAGAAUUCCUAUUCCUUGUCCCAAAUUUAGCCAACUUGAAAAUGACUGCAAAAUCUCAUUAAAAUUAAAUACUAUUGAUGAAGGUAAAGAGCAGCUAGGCUUAAACUUGGCUCUUUCUUCUUGUGAUGUGGAUCUUCUUCAGAAACCCUGCAUUAAUGGAAUCUGUAGCCAGGUUAUUGUUCAUUUCACUGCUGUGACAGAUUUUGCUCAGGAUGGAGACAGAGUUACCAAGAUUAUGGUGGAACCUAUAUUAAGUGACAAUUUCCUGUGGAACCGCUACAUCCCAGAAGGCAUACAGAUUACAAUAAAGGAUCUUCCCUCUGCCUACUGCUACUCAUUUACUGACCCACAUAUAAUUACAUUUGAUGGCAGGUUGUACGAUAAUUUUAAAACGGGAACAUUUGUGCUCUAUAAGAGUACAUCUCGGGAUUUUGAAGUUCAUGUGCGCCAGUGGGACUGUGGCAGCCUUCACUUCCCAGCAUCAUGUAACUGUGGCUUUGUUGCCAAAGAGGGAAGUGAUAUAAUUGCAUUUGACAUGUGCAGCGGUCAACUACAUGAGUCACAGCCACAUUUAUCUGUAAAGAGUAGAGACAUAACGGGAAGCAAUAUCAGGAUCACUGAAUCCUAUCUAGGAAGAAAAGUCACGAUCUCAUUUUCUUCUGGAGCUUUCAUUCGUGCCGAUGUGAGUGAAUGGGGAAUGAGUGUGACACUCCGGGCACCCAGUUCAGAUUAUAAGAACACUUUAGGACUUUGCGGCACAUUUGAUGGAGAUGCAGAGAAUGACUACCACACUGUGAAUAGGAAAGAAAUCCCAAAGAAUUCUAACGCUCAUCUUACUUUUAUUAAUGAGUGGAGAAUUUCACCAGGAGACAGUUUGUUUGACAAAACACCAGGUUCUUUAAGUUCAUCCAAGAAAACACCCUUCUGUAGUUGCACAGUUGAUGAUGCUGGAUUAUAUCAAUCGGUGAAUAAAUUGGAUUCUGUUUCUCAAACAGAAUCUGCUUCAUCUUGCAAAGAAAGUGAAAAUGUUAAGUUUCUUUCUUUGAUACCAGGACUGGAUGUCACUGCUGAGUAUUUUAGCUCUGUUGAUCUUAUCAGGCGCUUAAGCAGACGUGCAUCUUCACAUGAAAAGGAUUCUUCUGCUCUUCUGUCAGGAGAAGACCAGUCUGUUAAUCAAACCAAACAUCACACACAAACCCUAGCACAUACAGCUAUAAAUUCAAGGGAAGACACUGGAACAGAAAAACAAGGCUCAUUGAGCUUGGGAAGUAGAAGAAAUAAACAGAAGUAUGACAGCCAUCUCCACAAAAGACAGCCUGUCAGAAAUAGAUGGAAGCGCCAGCAUUAUUAUGAAUACCUUUCUGUAUUUCCAUUCCAAAGUCUCAGCCAAAUGGACCUGGAAGGGUUUACCUAUUUUUUUCCAGAGGACCAUAUCCCUGACACACACCAAGAAUUUUUUCCUUCUUGGCCCACACCUUCUGGCCUCACUGAGUCCAGUGCCUUGGCACUAUGCAAGCAAACAAUAGCUAACUCCAGCAUAGGAAGAGCUUGCACUGCUCUUCUUGGCAGGCGGAUAGAGGAUACAGUAGAUAUGUGUGUUAAAGAUCUGUUGCUAAAGGAUGAUCUCAGCUGGUCAGAAGCAGGCAUGGCCCUGUUAGAGAAUGAAUGUGAAAAGAGGGUUUUGGAAGAAAUAAAUUACAACACACAAGGAUUUCAGGGGUCAAUUGAAGACCUUCUCUUAGCAUUAAAAUGCCCCAAUCUCUGCAGUGGUAAUGGACAGUGUGUAGAAUGGGGCUGUGCCUGUUUUCAAGGCUUUAGUUCCUAUGACUGCAGUGUGUUGUCUGAUCAGGUUCCAGAAAUUACAGAGCUGGAGAAUGAUGGAUUGUGUGAUGUUCGACAGUAUGACUGUACAUCUGUGAGAGCUUUUGGCCAAGGAUUCAGGGAGUCACCCAGUCUGAAAUGUGAAAUUAUCAAACUACAGUACAGCGAUGGUAAAUGGAUCCUGGGAGAACCUGUGUUUACGCCGGCUGCCUUCCAAAACACCAGAACUGUUGAUUGCCAACUGCCGACUGAUGGUCAGCAAUCUGAUGUCAUGGAUCAGGUUGACGACAAACCUAUUGCGAGGUGGCAAAUCAAGAUUUCUAAUGAUGGAUUCAUUUAUAGCAACCCUAAAACAAUGACAUUAUUUGAUGGAGCUUGUCAAACAUGUGAACCACAGGCAAAUGGGUUAUGUACAUUAAAGGAGAAAACAUGCAACAUAGAUGGCCUCUGUUAUGGGGAAGGAGAUACAAAUCCCACCAGCCCAUGCUUACUCUGCAGACCUGACAUCUCAAAGUUAACUUGGUCAGUUACUGAAAACAAUGAGCCUCCUGUGCUUCAAACUUUGCAAGGCACACUACAGACAUUUUAUGGGGAAAAUUUUGUGUACCAGUUUAUGGCAUCAGAUCCAGAAGGCUCUGCCAUCCUUUUUAUGUUGGACUCUGGUCCUGAAGGUGCCAGCCUUUCCCCUUCUGGCCUCCUUAUAUGGAAAGCUGUGGCAAAGAGUUCACAGAAAUUGACAUUUUCUUUGACAGAUGAUUGCAAUGCUGAGACUAAAGUAAUAAUAGAGGUCAAUGUGAAAUCGUGUGAUUGUUUAAAUGGUGGGUCAUGUGUGACAAAUAUACAUUUCCCAUCUGGAAGUGGAAAAUACCUGUGUGUCUGUCUGCCUGGUUUUGAAGGUGACCUCUGUCAAGUGAAUUUUGAUUAUUGUAAAUCUAAUCCCUGUGGUAUUGGCAGAUGUGUUGAUGGGAUAAACAGCUACUACUGUGAAUGCACACCUGGGCUGCAGGGAAGAGACUGCCAAGAAGAUAUUGAUGAAUGUGCAUCCAAGCCUUGCUUCCCUGGGGUAUUUUGCUUUAAUACUUUUGGUUCCUAUUAUUGUGGUCCAUGCCCAAAAGGUCUACAUGGAGAUGGGGAGAUAUGCCAUGUUGAAACAAAAUUGACAAGUGAUGUUCCCUCACAUCUUUUGGCUCCGGAAAGCUUUGAAGAUGUUUAUGAUGAAAGAGAGGAUGACACUGAAGAAAUGGGAAGGAAUGAGGGUGAAGAUUACAUUUUUCAUGAAGAAAAUGGAAUUGCUGAUGCACAUACUGAUGAGAAUGUAUCUGGUUAUCAACAGUCCAUUGAGAGACUUCCUAAUGCCACAAGCUUUACUCCGAGUCCUACAGAUGUUGUCGAAAGUUUUAUUUCUGUGCAAAGAGCCAGCAGCACCCCCUCAACCUCCACAGUGAAAACAAACACACCGUGGAAGCGAAUUAAUUCUCAAAUAACGACUUUUGACCAGUCUGCGAGUACCAGAUACAUUGGCCAUACCUUCACUGCCAUCAGUAACCAGCUAGAUAACACAGGAGAAAGCUCUGCUGUAAACACUAUGACAACACCAUCUUUUAGGAACAGUCCAGUAUUACACGAUAAGACAACAAUGACACAAUCUGAGGCCUACAAUCCUUUAGAGACUAGCAAGGACACAUUGCUUAGCAGCAAAAUGAACAUACCCUCCAUAAUGAGCAGAGUAUUAAAAGGAGGAAAUAGUCACAAAGUUCAACACCCAUCGGUCAAGCAUAAGGAUAGUCUUUUACGGUCUGGUUUUGUUGCAAUCACUGACCCACCAAAAGUGCCUGGCACAGAUAUGGAAUCAGAUGCAACAGCAGUGCCUAAGGCAUUAACUUGUGCUGAUUUACCUUGUUUUCCUGGAGUUCUCUGUGAACCAAGCCAUGAUGGAAGUUUCAAAUGCGGUCGUUGUCCUUAUGGUUAUUAUGGAGAUGGUGUCUCUUGCAGAGCAAUAUGUAGGCAUGCAUGUGGUAAAAACAUGGAGUGCGUGGCACCCAAUAUUUGCAAAUGCAAACGUGGCUACUCUGGUUAUAACUGUCAGAGUGCUGUAUGUCAACCUGACUGUAAAAACCAUGGCAAAUGCACGAAGCCCAAUGUCUGUGAAUGUCCCCCAGGAUACAGUGGAUCAACCUGUGAGGAAGCACAUUGUAACCCACUGUGUCAACAUGGAGGCACAUGCUUGGCCAGAAAUCUCUGCACUUGCCCUUAUGGUUUUGUGGGACCCAGGUGUGAAACAAUGGUUUGCAACAGACACUGUGAAAAUGGUGGUGAAUGUCUCACUCCAGAUGUCUGCCAGUGUAAAGCUGGCUGGUAUGGACCUACAUGCAAUACAGCGGUGUGUGACCCCGUAUGCCUCAAUGGUGGCUCCUGUACUAAGCCAAAUGUUUGCCUCUGUCCUAAUGGAUUCUUUGGUGCCCAGUGUCAGAAUGCUGUUUGCUACCCUCCCUGUAAGAAUGGUGGCCACUGCAUGAGAAAUAAUGUGUGCACAUGUCCUGAUGGGUACACUGGCAGAAGAUGUGAAAAAAGUAUCUGUGACCCAAUGUGCAUGAAUGGAGGCAGAUGUGUGGGGCCAAACAUUUGCUCUUGCCCCUCAGGGUGGAGAGGAAAACGAUGUAAUACACCUAUUUGUCUUCAGAAAUGUAAGAAUGGCGGAGAAUGUAUCGGACCAAGCAUGUGUCAUUGCCUUCCACAGUGGGAAGGGGUUCAGUGUCAAACACCUGUGUGCAGUCAGAAAUGUCUCUUUGGUGGUAGGUGUGUGCUGCCUAAUGUGUGCUCUUGUCGUCCUGGUUAUACUGGAGUCAUCUGUGCAAAGAAACUACAGGUACAGAGACAUCAUGGUUGAAGAAAAUCAAGUACAUGGAUUACAAAACCAUGCUGUAUGGACUAAGAGGCACAUGAAACUAGAAAGAGGCUUUGAAGGCAAUAAGGAAUGAAGUUUAUUUAAACAAAGGGAGUGAUAUCCUGAAGCAUGCCUUUAAAGUAUUCAUUAUGAUUUUAAAGCCAAGGACAUUAAUUUUUAAACAGUGGUAGAACAAUAACAUACUAAGAGCAGAAAUGUAAUAAUCUGUUGUAAAGCCUCAUUUUAUUGCUACCUCACACUCAGAAACCACAGCCUCUCACUCUCUAUUGGACUUUUAGAUAUUGUAGAUGAUACAAACACCAGAUCCCUGGUCAGCUAAUAUCUGGAGAAGUAGUCAUUGGAGCAGUGAUUUGUAGUGAAUGUCCUUCCUUGGGACCUAAUCUAAACAUCUCCUAGCAGCAGGAAGGCAUCACCUGACAGGAUCAGGUCCUGAAAUAUAGCAUUUUGUUUUCACAUACUGAUUUUAAAGAGCAAGUUCUGUUGGUUUAAGAAUCCCCUGCCUGUAAUGAACAGGUGAAAAAGGGUUUAGGUUCCUAUUGCAUUAUUCACACAUGCAAUAGUGUCUCGAGAAUAUUGAUGAACUCAACAUCCAUUUCUAAUUAUAUUUAAUGUGAAACUGUUAUGUUAGGGGAGGUUGAAACAGUUCAGUGCUUACAUCUGACUGCACCUAUGCCUCUGUGCAUGGUCAUCAUUUCAAAAUAUCUAUGAGAGAAUGUAAUUGCCAUAAACAUAAACAAUGGGCUUUUCAGAGAAAUGUUUUUAAAAGUUAAUGAUAAGUGAAAAUACUAUAUAUUAAAGUAAAAGAAUCUUCUCAACUCAGCAAUUUUCCUCAGGUUAUCUAUAAUUUAUAGAUAUAAGUUAUCUAUCAGCCCUUUUAGGAAACAAGGACUGUAACUAAAGAGCCAUGAUCAUCUUAAAAAAAAAUCACAAAUAAACAUUUUUACAGAGUUUAAUUUAAGAAUUGAUGGCUCUCCGUGUGGAAACAUUUAUGUAUCUAUCUCGCGUACAUGGCUAUAAUCCACAUCAAGUUAUUUCUGACUUUAUUCAUUUGUUCCACACCUAGUGUCCAGUCCCAGUGCUGGCCUCUGCAUAGCCUAUGACUGCAGGCUCUCCUCUGCUAAUUUGAAGGAUCUAAAAAUGACUGUCAGUUUUCCUUCAAAAAGAAAAGUUUCCAGUCCUUUCCCUUGUGAAGGCCCUGAUCUGUCCCUAUAUGAACUGGUGGCCAGACCAGGAUAAUGGGACAUGAGGUGGUUUCGAUAUCAGCAUACUCAUAGGCUGAAGAGUCUUCCCAGCGUGUUACUAGCAGAGAGUGAGAGUCUGGAGACAGUCUAUGUGAAAUCUAUUGUAUUGAUAAUGGAAAAGAGAUUGGAUUCUAGAGUGUCUUUGGCAUUAGUCUGUGGAAACUGACGUUUCUAAGAGCAAUAAAUCUGGAGGAUUUCAGCAUCAUGCUGAGGAACUGCACCAUUAGACCCUCUAGGAAGUCAGCAAGCUCUCCCUCUGGAGAGCUGUCGAACACUGGAUUCUUUUUGGUCUUCUGAUUUUGUUUCUGGAGUGGAGUGUCAUCUGCAUCGGAGGGUUGAGGGAACCUGGACUAUUUUCUUCCAUUUGGCUCGUCUGUGAUCUACCUUGGUUUGUGUUGUACUGUGUAGCCUGUAGGGAGUAGCUGGGCUAAAAUAAACCAGAUGUCAAUUAUGCAGGCAAGGGAAUGUGUCUAAUCAAAAAUCAAAUCCAGAAUGGUGCUGGUUUAAUGGAUGGCUGAACUCUGCAUUCAUCAGCCAGAGUUUUAGAUUGCUAUCUUCAGUUUGUUUGUUUGUUGGUGCUUUGGGACUAAACUAAGGAGCCAGUUGUAGGAUUACUCCUGUUCUGUGUUGUUCCUCUAGUUCCUCCUCCCACCUCACAUAUAGUGGGGAUUUGAGAGGGUGGGGAAUAUAUGGUUCCUAAAACCUUUCAAGGGGAUAGUGUUCUAGCUCUGUAAAUCCUGCGGGUGUGGCAAUGUUUUUCUCCAGGGAGUCUUCAGUGCUAGGCCUUGAAAGGGUGGAAAUGGUGAAGAGUGUAGUGAGUGGAUCAGAGUAUGGGGUGGUGAGGCAAAGCACAUUGUGCACGCCUCAUGCUCUGUUUAAAUAAUAGAAAGCACUGGUAUCCAUUGAGAGCAGUAGAUUACAAAUGGUAAGUAGGAAUAAUACUGGAGGCCACUACCGCUACCUAGAAUUCCAGGCAAUUGUGAGCAGCUGCCGCCACCACAGUCAGAGAGUUUUCAGGGUUAGAUUCUAACCUGCAUGUGCUGUUCUAGACAUUGUGUUCCCACCAGCAAAGAGUGAAAAGCCAUUUUAGUCCCUUGGGCAGCCAGCAGAGUACUGCUGAAUGAUGAGUAUCAGAGGGGUAGCCGUGUUAGUCUGAAUCUGUAAAAAGCAACAGAGGUCCUAUGGCACCUUUAAGACUAAAUGCUCCAAUACUUCUGUUAGUCUUAAAGGUGCCACAGGACCCUCUGUUGCUUUCUGCUGAAUGAUGCAUAUCUCACCUUAGCUAGGAGAGGCAAUGCAGUUUUCAGUGUUUAAUUAUAUGUUUACAAGUUUCAUGACCUCAGAUUCUGCUGAGGGAUGCCCAAUUUGAAUGGUCUGCUCUUUCCCAGUGUCCAGUUUGGAACUGGUAGGAUUUUGCCAUUUUGUGGGCUGCUGUCACAGGAUGUCGACUCCCAGGUUAGAGUGGUCACGUACCCUAUAGCUGUUCAGCAGCUCUCGGUGUAGAUUCUUGUUCUCCUACAUAGCCCUGUUCAGUCUCUUUUGUAAAAUAAGCUGGCAUUCUCAGAGCUCAGCCUCCUUCCCACAUAAUACCUGUGGAUUGCUAUGCGUCUUACAAAGGAAAAAAUCAUUAGUGUGUACAUAAAGUAAGACUUUUCAAAAUUGCAUUGUAAUGGUGGGAUGGGUUGUUGUUUUCUACCAGAUUGUAAAUCAUGUACAUUAAAUAACAUUUGUUUAUUGUAA